UCUGCGAGCAAAGCUGGAGAGGCACACAUUAAUGCGUGACCUCCCCCGUCUCCGCCGCACUGCACACACACACACAUCCCGGAGAGUUCCCAGAAAAAAAUCCAGAGGCUCGCUCAAGAUUUGGGUUUUUUUGACAGAACAGAUCAGAGAGAGGGGAGGGGAGAUGGCGGACUGGGGCCCGGUGAUCGUCGCGACAGUGCUGUUCGUGCUGCUGACGCCGGGGUUGCUGUGCACGCUGCCGGGGCGCGGGCGGGUGGCGGAGUUCGGGAGCAUGCACACCAGCGGCCUCUCCAUCCUCAUCCACGCCGUCCUCUACUUCGCGCUCGUCACCAUCUUCCUCAUCGCCGUCGGCGUCCACGUCUACACCGGCUAGCCGGGCGCGCCCGCCGCCAGCACCGAUCGGUUCGAGCUCCUCCGCUGGAUUUGGUUUAAGAUCUGUCUGUCUGCAGAGCUAUCAGCUAUGGUUGUGGGGUCUUGUAAUCCGAUUUGGUGGUAUGGUUUUAAACUUGGUUUCGUUGUAACCGGUGUUAAAGAUCGAUGCUGCAUACGGCGUGUUGCGGUAUACUCGUAUAUGUACGCUGGAUUGAAAAUUCGAGUACGGUUUGAUUGGUCGUUUGUUUU